CAUACGAUACUCACCUCCUGUUUAUUUCAAAAGUAGUUGUCUCACACAUGCACACAACACCUUCACUUCUUUAUCUCCUGUUUAUUUCUAAAGUAGGACUCUCUCUCACCACCACCACCCCAACCCCUCCACUUCCUUAUCUCCAGUUUAUUUUUAAAGCUGGACCUGUCGGUCUCUCCCUCUCCCCACCCACAAGCCUCCCCACUCCCCACCACCAACUGCAUAGACUCGUUCUUGCUGCAUCUCCUGCCCUCAUCUGUGCCUGCGCCCUCUACGGCCCUGGGUCCCUGUCCCUCCUGGCUGCCUGCUGCUGUGCUGGGCCCCCCUCAUCGCUUGCCCGCCCAUGGGAUCCAGACAUGGGAGGAGAUCGCUUUAUUAUCCUCUCGCAUGAAAUCUCUUGGCGGCUUUCUGAUAUCCUUGGAAUAACUUCGCGCCCUGCCUUAUUUCUCCAACCUCAUUUCAAUGAAGAUGCAGCCUUCAUGCCCCGAGGACUGGCCGACAAACGAGGACCAGAGGACUGUGAUGCCGUGGCCCUUUUAAAUCUGAUCAACUCCUGUGACCACUUCACAGUGAAUCGAAAGAAAGUCACAGAGGUGAUUAAGUGUCGGAAUGAGAUCAUGCAUUCUUCAGAGAUGAAAGUGUCUUCUGUGUGGCUGCAAGAGUUUCAGAUGAAGAUCCAAAAUUUCUUGAAUGAAUUCAAGAAUAUCCCAGAGAUUGUGGAGGUCUACGCCAGAAUAGAAGAGCUGCUGACAUCUGACUGGGCGGUUCACAUCCCUGAGGAAGAUCAGCGAGAUGGGUCUGCAUGCGGAGCAGGAGUUUAUCUGAGUGAGAGCCAAGUAAAUGAAAUUGAAAUGGAAUUACUAAAGGAGAAACUUCACGAGAUGUAUCUUCAAGCAGAAGAGCAAGAAGUGUUGCCUGAAGAGACUGCAAGAAGACUGGAGUUGGUGAGGGAAUUUCUGAGAGACAACGAGGACCUUAGAAACGGGCUUACAGAUGAGAUGCAGAGGCUAGAUAGCUUCCACGUCCAGCCUCACAAACUGAACUCCGGGUCGUCAGGGGGAGAUACCUGAAGUGAGCGCCUGGGGUUGCCCAUUGAUACAGAUCAGACCUGUUCUGUGACAGCCAGCGCUGCUUCUGUCUCCGCCACCCUUGCGUCUGCCAGAGAAAGAACGUCCCAAGAAGGUUGCAGUCUGUCCCUGGAUUUUGGCCCUUUGGAAGUUUGUUUGUUUUCUAAUAUUCACAAUCUUGAAGUUAUAUAACCGAGACUCAUAAAACAAAACAAAAUACUGGAUAUGCUUACGCCCCAAACUUGUGACUAUUUGGACAUUUCCCCCCCUAUUUAAAGGGAACUUGAUUCUUGUCCAUUGGGCUGCAUUUACACGCGGAGUCUAGGUGGCAGCGAGGCUACGUGCGUGGCUGUGAAUGGCAGGGUCCUUGAGCAGAGCCCCUCAGCGACCGCCCACAGGCGUCUUGAGGCCUUGGUAAACCCUAUUUGGAGGGCCUGCUCUGCCCUGUAGGGUUGCUUUGAGUUCGAAUCGACUUUGCAGUCGGUGUGGGGUUUGGUUGAUAAGAUUGAUAGGUAACAAAAGAUUUGCCCUUUCUUGGGUGUAUCAUUCACUCUAGCACAGACCGUAUGGCCCGUGCUGUGGACACAGAGCAGCCUCUUGUCCAGUCCUCCCUUUCUGUGGCAUCCAUGUGCACAGUUCUGUGGAAGAGGGGCCCAUGCGAGGGCAGUGUGGUGAGGGAGCCAUCAGGGAGGCUGGUGGAAUACGAGGAGGCUUCAAGAAGUUUGGAAACCCCUAUGAUCUUUUCAUUUGCUUUUCCCACAAACUUCUAGACAUCUCUGUGGCAGCCACAGCCCAUCCAGACCACAGAAGAGUAGGUAGCUGUUGAGGAAGAAUGUAGCAGCACUGAACACGAUAGGCUGGAAUGAUCUGUCUGUCAGACCUGUUGCUCACUGCCUUGAGUCAGUGCCAACUCAGAGUGACCCUAUGGGACAAGGUAGAACUGGCCCGUGAGUUUCCCAAACUAACUAUUAAUGGUAGUAGAACCUCCCCCUCCUCUCUCCUCUCUCUCUCCAGCUGAUGGUUUCGAACUGCUGGCCUUGCAGAUCACAGCCCAAUGCACAACCGCUACGCCACCAAGGCUCCUUGUGUGUCAGACCCGGGAAAGAGAAAAACAAAAUGCUUCACUGGGCCGAGUACUAGGUCCUACCAUUUGUCAUUUUCAAUCACUGAGAUCAGGGAAGUUGCGUGCUUCUCCCAAGCUUGUUUUCUCUGUCACCUCUAGGCAAGGAAAUAGCACGGGGCCAGGGAGGGUGAUUAGAAGGAGCGGGCUUUUCUCCAGGAACUUGUAUACGCCUCUGUGAAUUUUUUUAUAACAAACAUGCACUUGUGUAUUUGGAGGUGUUUUUUUUAAUUAAAAGUUUUCAUAUUUCAAAAUCAA